GCUGGCGGCAGCUGCGCGUGUGUGUGCGUGUACCUUCGAAUCUCGGCGUCGUGGCGUCUUGGGAUGUUGCAAAACCUCUUCUGGGUGACGACGCGGGGCGGGGAGCCCGCUUGUCCCGCUCGGGUGGGGGCGCAUUGUUAGGGUUGUUUAUUUUUUUGGAAGCAUCUUCCAAGAGAGCAUCCCGCCCGGAAGAGAGGACGCUGCAACCUCAUCAUCGUCUGGAUUUUUUUUUUUUUUUUUUGGGAGCGAGAGCAUCAGCGGGACAUCUUUUUUCUUGAUUUUAUUUUUAGUCAUUCCCCCCCCCCCCCCAACCCACCCCUCACUCUCACCCCCCCACCCGGUUGUGUUGGAAUGUGGGAGGCUCUCGGCAGCGUCAGCGCUGAGCAGACAGCUUGGAGAAAUGUGAUCCAAAGCCGGGUGCACAAGGAGCAGGAUCAUGCGUUGCUUUAGCGGAUUAAUCCGCCCCUUGUGAUAGCACUGCAUGACAACACCCCCCCACCCACCACCCAGCGCCCCUGCCCCCCCGGCCCCCUGCCUGCUGCACUUUGAAUUGUUGCUGUUUGCAUCUGGACAACAACUGGAAUUCUACUCCAUCUCUUUGUUGGGAAAAGACGCAUCAAGGUGGUUAAAAGAAGCAAAGGGAAUUGUUGGGAGGAGUCCCGAACGAGACAGGAUUUGGGGCUCUGCGGGACCCUGACGGGGCAAAAGCUGCGGGAUCAUCCUGCAUCUGGGAAUGUCAUAUUUUCCUGCGCAAGAACCCCCAGCACACACACACAUAUACACACACACAUGAAGACGUGGUGAGGCGUUCAUGCUAAGUAGAAAUUGUUCGGAAUUUUGCUGCAGCAGCACCGCCGCCGGACGCCAACCUUUCCUCCCUUCCCACCCUUGUCUCUUUUCCCUCUCCUUCCACAUCCCUCUUUCUUCCUCCCCUUCGCCGACUGGCGUCUUCCUGCUGGAAACGUUUUCGAAGUUGAGCGCUGGGCAGGACUCGAGGCAGACUAGUCGUUCACGCCGGCUCAUCCUUGUCUGGAAACCCCUCCUGUUCUCUCCAUCCUCGGAAUAGUCGUGUGUUACUUAAGGGUGGAAUUCCAAUAGUCAGCGUUCCCUUCUGUUCUCCUACAUGUCCGUCGUCGAUUGGAAUCUGUGUGACACAUGCCGCCCAAGACUACCGCGGGAUUAACCCCCCAUGAGCCAUAAAGGAGCCCAGGGCAGGAUGAGCGAGUGCUCCGGGGCCACCGGAACCGGGUCAGUGAUCCUGGAGGAACCUGAGGGAUUGGGGUCUUCGGGGGUCCGCGGCGAGGGCCAGGCCCGAGAUGAGGGCCCCUUUCGUUGUGCACUUUGGCCCCGCCAGCAGACGUGGCUGUGCGUGGUGCCCCUCCUCAUCGGCUUCAUCGGCUUGGGAUUGAGUCUGAUGCUGCUCAAGUGGAUCGUCGUGGGAACCGUGCGGGAUUACGUGCCAACGGACCUUGUGGAUGCUAAUCGAAUAGGACAGGAUCCGAUUUUCCUCUCCAAGCCCAGCGGGAUUCCUAAAGGUCCCGAAACUACCACCGCAACUGCCACUCCGACAUCUGACGAGCGGAAUGUCACGCCUAAAACGGUGACGGCGGUGAAAGGCAGAACUCGAACCACUGCUACCACCACCACCACCGCUAACCCGAGAGGGGGCGCGGCCUCAGGUAGCCUAGCGACCCCUCGUAUUCCUGGAAAUCGUAACGGACGCGUUCCGGUGGGUUUUACGACAAUGGCGACCCCCAGAAACGGAGAACUGACAGCAAGUCCGUCUCCGUCCAAUCCGACCGUGCUGCACGACUCCACUCAGAUGUGGACUUCGGACCAGACCACCACCAAGGUCACGUCUACUACAACUACCACCCGCAGGCACGGACACCGCAAAACGCCAUCCCCGACCGUCCCGCCGCUGCACUCGGAGCACUUCAAGCCGUGCCACGACAAGGACUUGGCGUACUGCCUCAACGGGGGCGAGUGCUUCGUCAUCGAGACGCUCAGUGGGCCUCACAAGCACUGCAAGUGUCGAGAAGGCUACCAGGGGAUCCGCUGUGACCAGUUCCUGCCCAAGACCGACUCCAUCCUGUCUGAUCCGAUGGACCAGCUUGGCAUUGAGUUCAUGGAGAGUAAAGAAGUCUACGAGAGACAGCUGCUGUCAAUCACAUCCAUCGCCAUGGCGAUCGGCCUCCUGGGUGUCCUAUGUGUUGCCCUCUACUGCCGCAACAAGAGGCGACGAGAGAAGCUCCAAGCUCACCUGAAGGACACACAACACCACCUGAACAACUACACACACACUCAGUAUUCCAAAGGGGGGGGUGUGUGUCGCCACGGUGACGUGUGUGAGUCGGGCUCGGCUGGCAUGAGGAACGCAGCAACCGGCGGCAUCAAACACACUCGGGGAGCUCAUUGGUCCGCCCACGGCCGCAAGACUCCGCCCAUUACUAAAGGACGUUCCAAGAGUUCUGGCCCCGCCUACCAACACCUCCAGGAAGUGGAGCUAACUGAGAAGGAAGCAGAAGAAAGGAUGGUCCACCAGGGGAAGCCCAGACCGGACGCCGUUCGAAAUAUGCAAUCAUCAGCGGCUGUCCGAGCCGACCACACCGGGACGCCUUUGGACUCGCACGCCGGCGCACCCCGAGGCCCGCAGAGGACAAACUGCGUCCGCUGCCCCACCGUCACCUCGCGCUCCGCCUCCAUCCCCAUCAUCCCCUCGGUGCGGGGUCACCACGACGAUGAGCUUUCUUGUAUGCAAACCGCCCCGGCCGCCGCCAUGAUGUCAACGGAAGAAGGCAAGCAGCGGCGGCGGCGACGGGAGGAGGAGGACGCGGCGCUCCUGCUGGAGGAGGCGCAGGAGCAGCUGAGGGCGUUGGCGCACAGGAGGCAGGGAGACCACGCCCCCGCCGCGCACCAGGCCAGAGAAACUGUCUGCUUCCUUAACCUUCAUGUGGGUGGAGCCGUGUGUGACGGACCGGCCCACACCCAGUUGCUAAGCCCCGCCCCUCACAGAGACCUGGGCCAAUGAAAAGACGAGAAAACACACCAUCUCUCUCUCUCUCUCUCUCUGUGUGUUGCUCUACUCGUCUUCUGUAAGACAAGAGCGCUUAAAAAAAAAAAAAUCAUAGAAAUAUGUUGACGGACACCAAGAUGGCCGCCACCGCCGCCGGAACGAAAUAUUCCCGCGCAUUUAUUUCCCGGACAAAAGAAACACUGGACCAAAAGAUACCAAAUAGUCCGUCAAUCCAUGGUGGUUGUCCGUGUACAAAGAAUAUAUGAAUAUAUAUAAAUAUCAUAUCAAUAUAUGGAAUUCUAAAAGUCACCAACAAAAAGGAAUGAUACACGUCUUUCUUUUCUUCUUCUGCUCCGUUUUUUUUUUUUUUUUUAUCCAAACCCUCACCUUUCCCUUCUCGCACAGGAAGGCGGAGCCUCCCGGACGAUGCCCCGCCCCACGUCCCCGCCUUUUUCCAAACUUGUCAGCCAAGAAUCACAGCGUGUUGCUAACCAUCACGCGGGACUCUUGUGUUUGCACAAGGAUGUAAGGACACAAGGACACAAGGACACAGGGGAGGAUAAGAGGAAGCACAUUUGGGAUCGUUUUCAUUUGAUUUUUCCAUUCUCGUUGGUGAUGAGCAGCGCCAUCUUGUGGCCUGUUUGGCUGUUGAAAGAAGAAAUAAAUGUCUCUAUGUUGUA